AUGGCCUUGUCCAUUGUCCGCAUGGUGCGCCUCGCCCUGGUGGGCUUCAUGGCCUUACUGUCAAUUGCUUCAGCUCUUCCGGCGGCAGAUGUGUCUGUUCGUGCUGUUCCACAGGACCCCAGCACCGAUCCGUUCUAUCAGCCGCCAGCUGGCUUCGAGUCGAAAGCUCCUGGAACAAUCCUGCGCCAGCGAAAGAUCAGUGCCUCGUUCUUUGGCUUUAUUCCCAACCCUGUGCAGGCGUAUCAGCUGCUAUACCGCACCACUGCAAUCAAUGGCUCGGCCAUCUCAACCGUGACUACGAUCUUCAAGCCGCUCAUUGCAAAGAAUGAUCGUUUCGUGUCUUUCCAUACGGCAUAUGAUAGCUCGGCUGUCAAGUGCAACCCUAGUUAUAGCUACCAGCUCGGUGCUCCCCAAACCGAUUUGAUCUCAUCGGCGGAGACGUUCAUCAUUGAGGCAUAUCUCCUUCUUGGUUAUACCGUUGCCUCCCCUGACUACGAGGGACCUGAUGCGGCAUUUGGCCCAGGUCGCCUCGAAGGAAUGGGUGUUUUGGACGGUAUCCGUGCCGUGAAUAAUUUCAAAGACACUCUUGGUCUUAAGAACCCUAUGGUUGUUGGCGUUGGCUAUUCGGGCGGUGCCCUAGCUACUGGCUGGGCUGCAUCCCUGCAUCCAAGCUACGCGCCAGAAUUGAACGUCAAGGGCUGGGUACAAGGCGGUACCCCGUCGAACCUGACGGGCACCUUGGUUUUCAUUGACGACACGGCCUUCGCCGGUUUCCUUCCCACGGCCGUGGUUGGACUUUCCAAACCAAGUGCCUACGGCGCCGAGCUGAACCCAAUCCUCAAUAGCAUCUUGACAGACACGGGCCGUGAGAAACUCGAUUUCGCGGCAACACACUGUGCCGUUGAGAAUUUGUUCAGCUUUGGUGAAAUGUCGCUGUUCAGCACCAAUAUUCAAAGCCUGGGCCGGGGUCUCCUCACCGAGCCUACCAUCCAGUCCGUUAUGAAUAAAAAUACCAUGGCUGUCAACAAAGCUGAAACUCCCACGGUACCGGUGUUUGUAUAUCACGCCACUCAGGACGAGGUCAUUCCGUACGCUAAUGCUUCGACAAUGGUCAACUCCUGGUGUGGUUGGGAUGCGAAUGUCAAAUUCACUACUUAUGCUAACGGUGGCCACGCAACCACCGAGCUCAUCGCCCUCCCUGAUGCUCUUAAGUUUGUGGAGAAUGCGUUUGCAGGCAAGACUGCCAGUGGCUGCACCAAGAACACUGAGUUGGCUAGUGUUCUGAACCCAAUUGCUCUGGGUGUUUCACUCGAGCCGCUUCUUCUGAAGCUCAUUGAAGCGCUGGCUCACUUGGGUAAGCAGGAUGCGAAUGUCAAGAGUGAUACCAAGGUACUCGCUCAGACCAUCACCUGA